UAAAAGAAGACGGUGGAGGAAAAUGCGCAUGCGCAUAAAAGUAAACACUACAGCAUGGCACCGAACUUCGGAAACAACUGCUUUAACCGUUAUUGAUUAUUGAGGAUCUGAUCCCUAAUCGGUGACGUCACCACAUCACCGUCACUGUUAUGACGUAGAGAGAAGAUGGAGACCGUGAAGGACCGACUGGCUGAGUUUGCUCUGGAGGCUCACGAUCUCUACCUGAACCACUCGGUGCCGUACCUGGACGGGUCACCUGACCCUCUGGUCUUCUUCAGGGACUGGAUCUCUGCCAACAAACCUGUGAUCAUCAGGAACGCCAUCAGCCAUUGGCCAGCUCUGACCAGGUGGACCCCUGAGUACUUGAGGGGGAAGGUGGGGUCAAAGGUCAUUAGCGUAGCCGUGACUCCUAAUGGGUACGCAGAUGCUGUCAGCGGGGAUCGAUUCGUCAUGCCUGAAGAGAGGAGGAUGACCUUUUCUGAUGUUCUGGACAUCAUUGAGAGGAAGGUGCGGCGCCGUGGCGUGUUUUAUGUCCAGAAGCAGUGCUCUAACCUUCUCGAUGAGCUUCCUGAACUCACAGACGACAUCGAGUCUCACGUACCCUGGAUGAGCACGGCGCUUGGACGGUUACCUGACGCUGUGAACUUCUGGCUCGGUGAGGACAGCGCCAUAACGUCCAUGCACAAAGACCACUAUGAGAACCUCUACUGCGUCGUCUCUGGAGAGAAAAACUUCAUCCUGCUGCCGCCAACGGACCGCCCCUUCAUCCCCUACGGCGUCUUCCAGCCCGCCGUCUACCACCAGAGAGAUGACGGUGAGUUCGAGGUCGUGGAUCAGAGUGGCUCUGAGAAGGUACCGUGGAUUUCUGUGGACCCGCUGGAUCCCGAUCUGGACCGGUUCCCUCAAUACGGCCGAGCUCAUCCAAUCAGCUGCAGCGUGAAGGCUGGAGAGAUGCUGUUCCUGCCAUCACUAUGGUUUCACCACGUCAAACAGUCACAUGGCUGCAUUGCAGUGAACUUCUGGUACGACAUGGACUAUGACAUCAAAUACAACUAUUAUCAGCUGAUUGAUGCACUGACCCAGGUGACCACGCCCCCGUGGCAUCAAAUGAUGUCUCAGCAUCAGUCUGACAUCACGGCAUCCGAGUAUGAGGUCACGGUGACCGGAGCGAAAUUAAAGUUUAAUUAAAGAAAUAUUUAAAAACUGGA